AUGUUGCAUACUGCAAAUGCGUCAUUUACACUUGGUACUACAAGUUGGCGUGAACAGUUCAUUGAUGCUUUAACUGUACAUGCUAGUAAUGAAGAUGAUUCUGAAGCAGCAGAAGACGAAGGAGUAACUGACUCAUCAUCAGAUGAAAUGAAAAAGAAAUCUGUGAAGCCAACUUUCUGUGAUUACUUCAUGCAUUUUUUGUCGGUUCCGUGGAAACUGCUCUUUGCCACAAUACCACCCUCAGAUUACUGGGGAGGUUGGGUAUGCUUUGUAGUAUCCAUUAUUUCUAUUGGUAUUUUGACCGCGGUGAUUGGGGAUUUAGCAUCACAUUUUGGUUGUUGGGUUGGUCUUAAAGAUGCUGUUACCGCCAUAUCCUUCGUUGCCCUGGGGACUUCUGUUCCAGGUGUUUUUUAUUUCAAUUACCUGCUUGCAUUAUAUAAUUAUUUUAUAAUUUUUUGUUAAAA